UAUGAAAUAUAUUGCGUUUAAUGAUCGCAUAUACUUUCUUCAGAAACUUAACGAAUAUUCAGCGUACAUCAACAGAUCUACCUGUAAACGUUUCACGGGUGUGGUAAAUAUGUGUCGUACUGUAUAGAUAAAUGGCAACAGUAAAUAAAGUUUUUGUUCGUGAGGAUUACUUUUAUUGUAGUAUAUGUUUGGAGAUAUUUAACACACCCAGGACAUUACCAUGUUUACAUACAUUCUGUCAUUCAUGUUUAGUUGGAUAUAUUCAAAAGAUUCUAGAUAAACCUGGCAAGCAAAAAUUGUUCUGUCCUGUUUGUAGGGCAGAUACGAAAACUUAUAAAGUUCAGUUACAUGUUGAAAAGUGGGUGGAGAGUUUACCAAUAAACUUUAUUCUACUUUCGAUUUUAAAUGAGAGAAAUUCGACGAUGAAUCCGAAGGAGAACCAUUGCGAUCCUUGUUUAAGAGAGGAAAUUGAAGCCAAGGCUAUUAUCUAUUGUUAUGAUUGUUCAGAAAAGUUGUGCGAAGAAUGUAAAAGACACCAUAGGAAAAGUAAAUCUUCAUCAAAACAUAAAUUGAUUGACGCUUCAGAGCAAUGUGGUGACUUUGAUCUAACAGAAUUGGACUAUUUCAUAAACCUUUCAAAAUGUCCAAAGCAUGGUUCUGAGGAUGUGAAGUACCUCUGCAAAGAUCAUGAUCAGCUCUGUUGCAGUGAAUGCGCCAUAGUUACGCACAGAAAGUGUGAAGAUUUGGUCUCGCUUGCUGAUGAAGUGAAAGGCAACGAAAACGAAAAUGGUGAAUCUGACAUACAAAAGAGACUUGAACUUGUGGAUGAUCACACUGACAAAUUGAUUGAACACGAGAAAAAGUUCAUCUCGGAUCUGAACGCAAAAGAAACCGAAGUCAAAAGCUACCUGAAGGAUUUUAAAGCAAACUUAGACGACGCCUACAACAAACUUGAGAUUAGAAUCCUAUCAGAAAUGUCAACAAGAAAAUUGGCUUUAUCAAAUGCAAGUUCUUCACAGAAAGAGUCAGUAGAAAGUCUGAAAGAUGAUAUUAGGCAAUCUGCUGAAAAGAUGAAGAAAGCAUCUGAGUUGGGAACGGCGAGGCACAUUUUCCUACUUAAAAGAGAAAUGGGGAAAGAUAUCAAACUGUAUGAGGAAACAUGUACAAUACUUCAACAGCAGUCAAGCAAAACAUUACUCACCGUAACUGAGACUAGUCCACUACAAGAAGCUGUUAAAACCAUUCAUGAUCUCUUCAAAGUACAGGAAACGAUGACAGAAUCACAUCCACCCUUCAUGACGAGAGCGAGAGACUUCAAAGAUAGAAAAAUGACUUUAAUGAAAGAAUUUGAUCUACAAAUGAAUUAUCAGCCUCAAUAUUGUCUAUGGAUGGAAAAUUCUAUCAUAGUAGAUUUUUUUGAUAGUGAGACAAUAAUCGCUUACAAUUCUGAAAAUGGUUCAGUUUUAUCAUUUUUCGAAUGUUCUUCACCACCGAUGGGUUUAGCAACUUUAGAAAACGCUGAAUUUGCUGUUGCCUUGCCAAAGUCGAACAAAAUUGAUAUACUGAAGAUUCACAGGAAUCAGAUGUCAUACGUUAGACUUUUGGUGAAUUCAAGGUCAGAACUGAUCGCGUACAACAGACGGGAUAAGCGGUUGUUUGCAUUGUCAAAAUCACAGGGAACUGUAAACAAGUUCUGUCUUGACGGCAGAGAUUCUGGUAUGAUUAAUCUUCAAAGCAACGAGAAAAACGUCUUAGCAGGCGCCUAUAACGUUGCAUUUGAUCAGUCAUUCAAUUUCAUGUACAUUUCAUCUCACGAUACACAUAAAUUACUGUGUAUUGAUUUAACUGGGAAACCAGUAUUCACUUACUGUCACCAAAAUCUAAGGCAUCCUUGGUCAGUUACAGCAGACAAUGGCGGUAAUAUAUAUGUUGCAAGUUACACCAGCAAUUGUGUUCACCAGUUGAGCAUCAAAGGUCAGCUGGUUAGGGAAAUAGCAACUGUGGAUCAUAACAUCGAAUCUUCGCUUGCCAUUUCAUUCAAUAAACAAAUGAAUGAAUUUGUAAUAACAUGUGAUGCUCCGAAAAAAUGCAUGAAAAUAUUCCAGUUUGAAUAGAAAAAAUAUUUAUAAUGAGGAACUUUCAUCACUUUUGAAUCAGUGUUUGACCAACUCAAAUAAAACUGAUAAAGCUAGUAAAUUGACCCUGCUUCCUUAUGUGAAUCAAAAGACUAUGCCUUGUAACAUUUCUUGUAAAUACUGUAUUUACCAAAUGCACUGUACUAAUACUGUAACAUCUACAUUAUAUUUUUAAAUAGAUAAAUACCUGUUUCAAUGGAAAUGUAUUACCGUGUCCUUCAGAUCAAUCAUCCAAUUUUAAACUAUAUUUAUUUAUUGGUUAAUUGACUUAUUUUUAUAUACUGCUAGUAUGUUUUUAUAUAAAUUUAUGCUGUUAACUGGGUCAUACCUUUUAAUGAACAGCCACCUGAGCACAAAGCGCACAGUAGUAUAUUUUCCUGGUGUCCGUCUUCUGCUGUGUAAAACCCUCAAGAGGUCAUUAUUUUUUGCCAGAUCUUAAUGAAACUUGAUCAGAGUGUUUCUCUUAUUAAUAUCUACGAAGACUUAGAUACUGAGUCAAUUUAGGUAAACAUUAAGGCCAUUAGGUCUAAUAAUAAAAUUAUCUCGUUUCGAAAUCUAUGUCACUAGGUCAGAUAAUGGAAUAAGAGAGUCAUGAUGGCCCAAGAUCACUCACCUGGGUUUCACAUAAAGUAUAAUAUUUGUUUUAAUUAAUUCUAUGCCAACUGCAAAAACUGCGUAUUAUGAGAUCAGUAACUAGAUCACUAUACCAAACCAUUAGAAAAAGCAUGUUUAUAACAAAUUAUUAAGAUUGUUCGCGUUAUUUGAUUUGUUCAACUAUAUCGUCUCUAGAGAGUUUAAAGAGUUUUUUCUUUGAAUUGACCAAGAAGAGCUCGUUAAAAACUUGGCCUAGACGAUAAAAAGACACAUAUGCUGAACGUAUUUCAUGUAGAUCAAAUGGAAAAUAUAGCAUCCAGUUUCAAACAUUAUCUAGAUUUAAUAAAUCCAAGUUUUAUAAAGAAAUUUUACUUGUUAAGUGUUAAAAAGGUUUUUCUGUGAUUUGAUCUUGUGACCUAGUUUUAAUCCAAGAAGACCCAGUGUCAAAUUUGACCUAUAUUGCAUCCAAAAAUAUUUCAUGUAAAUCUGGUCGAAAGUGUGACUUCUAGUGUGUGUCUACCUAGGUUCCAUCAUGUACCCUCUGGAGUGUUAACAAUGUUUUAUAGAGAUAUAUACCUUUUGACCUCAGAUGACCAGUUCCAUAACUCUUAUUUCCUUAGCCUGCUGGCGGCAAGUUAUUCAGCCUUUGCACAUUCAUUCCAUAACUUUUAUUUCCUUAGCCUGCUGGCGGCAAGUUAUUCAGCCUUUGCACAUUCGUGCAGUCUGAUCAUGGUCUGCACUGUUCCCUAUUCAGUCAGUAAAUUUUCAGUGAACACCCCUUCGAAUAUUAAAUAGGAUUGCCCAAAGCGAAUGAUGGACCAGUCCAUUUUAGAAAUUUAGCAGGGUAAGGGUUAAGGAAUGUGGUCAAAAAUUUACACUGACAAUUGUAUAUAUUCAGUUUAAAUUCAUUACAAACGCAUUUUUGUAAAAUUAUUAUUUAGCUUCCUUUUGCCCAUUUUGGUUGCUUGAAGAUUGUUUGAAAUAAAUGAAUUACAGAGCUACAUGCAAUUUUUAGCUUGGCUUUUCAAAGAAUAGGUAGGGCUUUUGGACUCAUUCGUGCAUCUGCAUCCAGAUUUGGAUUAGUUUUUGUAUGUAAGCUGGUAUCUCAGUAACCACUAGAGGGAAUGGAUUGAAACUUCACACACUUAUUCACUGAGAUAAACUGACCAAAAUGCAUAGGUUCCAUAACUCUAAUUUCCUUUUUUACAAAAUUAUGCCCAUUUUAAAUUUUUGACUUAGCAAUUUUUGGUUAAGUUUUUACAUGUAAGCUGGUAUCUCAGAACCCACAAAUGGUAAUGGAUUGAAACUUCACCCACUUGUUCACUGUGAUGAUCUGACAUGUAGUAUACAGGUUCCAUAACUCUACUUUGCAUUUUUAUAAAGUUAUAUGCCAUUUUCGACUUAGCAUUUUUUGGUCAAGUUUUUGUAUGUAAACUGGUAUCUCAGUACCAAACCUUCACGCAGGAAGAUUGUCAAACAAUCAUGUCUGCCUCCAAGCAAAUCACAUAAAUCCAUGUGAUCCUAAAAUGGUGACAUACUUGGCAACGCCUGGUAAAUCAAAUGCUUGCCAUAAUCUACAGGCAAAUUGACAUUUAUGUCACAACCUUUAAGAACAUAAUGAAAGUAUUCUUUGUAUCUAUAUUUUCCAGUAUGCUGAAUUCUUCAAAUGUUCACAUACUGUCAAAUAAUUGCAUUGUUUACAUUUUAGCAGAUGCACGUCUCAAUACUAGAAAAAGAAGUAAUUUUAGUAUUACUGCAUUAUUUUUUCAGUUUUUUGCUCGUUUUACCAGCAGAAAAUAUAAUAUUUAACUAUUGAGGUACAUACUUUGUACAACAAAAUUAAAAAAUAUAUAUAUAACUCAGUUUAUAUACCUGCAGCCAGUUGUAUAAACAAUGGUUAAAAUAUACAACGGUAAAAUUAUAACCGCGGUAUAUAUCGUGAUUAGAUAACCACUGAUUAUUUUCUCUUGUAUAAACCAGUUUAACCGCACGGUAACCUAACCACGUAAAAUAUCAAUUUAACCGCAGUAAAUUUUCCAAUAAUGCACUGCGCGCAUAACCGGCCUUCCAUACAGUUCUCUGAACAAGGCACUUUUAUGAUGUCAUCAGUAUAAUGAUGACAUCAAUACACGUGUGUACAGUACAUAUUGUGUUUUACCAAUUUCAAGGUUAUUAAACUGCUGCAAAAUGUUUAUAUUUUUCACAAAGUAGUGUAACUAUUCAGGAUUAUAUUGUAUUUCUUAAGGAUGUAUGACCAAAUUGUUUCUACAGUCACUGCGCAUCUAGAGAGAUAUUUAGAAGAAAAAAAAUUUAAAAACUGGUGAAUUUUGACAUUUUAGUUCUUUUUCUUUUAAUUCAUACUUCCUAGAUAAUAUGAACUGCUACGUUGAAAACUUUUAUUUCUAUUAUAGCUUAUCAUAUUGUCAGAAAAAAUAUCCGAACUAAACCUUAUCUACUUAAAUAAAUAUUUGAAAUGACUGACCCUUACCCCUUUGUGCAUCUUACAUUAGAUUAGGGCAAAUGCCGGCCAAAAAUAAGGGUGAUUUUUUUCGCAAUAAGUAGAAUCUGUUUGGUUAAGCGGUAUAUUGUUAGCCAUAUUUUGAUAAUAUAGCAUUUAUUUUUGACAUAAAUUUUGUUAGGAAGAAAUAUUCAAAGAAACAUUUUUUUUUCAAAAUGACGAAUAUCCUGAAAAAUAGUGUACAUCCUUUAUCAAAUACAUGUACUUUGAUAGCAAAAGUCAGGAAGCGUAUGUUUUGGUUUUCCAUUUUCAUCCGAUUUAUUUUGUAAAGAAAGUAUUUACUUUUAUUUACUGUAAGAAAACACAAUUUAUCCUAUUGUAU